AUGUCUGCUCUCCCGUCAUCACUUCCUGCCAUCCACUCUCAAUUCAAUUCCCCGGUUUCUGUCCUCCCUUGCGCCAAUCUUUACCCCUGUGUACCACCACUCUCCACGGAUUUCAGAAAGCAGCAGGAGGAGGAGGAGAGGAGGGCGGAGGAGGAGAUGGCAGUGCGAGUAGAGGUGGCAAUAAGAGAGAGGGUAGAAGCAAAACUGGCGUGCGAUCGGGUGCAGCAGCAGGUGGCAGCGAUGGUGGCAGCGGGCAGGCAGAAGCUGAGGGAGGAGGUGCAGGCGCAGGUGGAGAGAGAGAAGCUGGCGCUGCUGGCUGAUGCCCGGCAAAAAGAGGAGCAAAAGCGGAGGGAGCAGGAGGAGCUGGAGCGAAUGUUGGCGGAGAAUCAGAGGAAGGUGGAGGAGGCACAGAGGAGAGCAGCAGAGGAGAGAGCGAGGGAGGAGGGGCUGAGACACAAGGAGCGAGAGGCAGUCAAUGCGCACUUCACUCUCCCCUUUCUUGACAUUGCAGUCAUGGCAUGGGAUGGGAUUCGGUGCAUUCUCCUCAGUGCAUAUUUCACCUGUAACCCCUGGCCCUUGCCCUCCCAUCCCAUUCUCACCCAACGUCUGGCAGUCAUGGGCAAGGUGGAGGGCGAGGGCGAGCUGUGGCAUGGGCAUGAGACUACACUAGCAAUGGACUAG